AUGGAACAGGAUCAGGAGGUCGGAGGCCCCCGUCAGAUGAAAAGGCUGACAACGAGAAAUGCUCACCUGGAGGGGUUUUGCUCCAUGCAAUUCGCCCCCGGGAUCAAGGACAGGAAACUUGUGACUUGCGGAAGUGACUGCCUUGUGAAGAUCCACGACCUGGAGAAGUACGGGGACGAAGGCAAUGAUGUGGAGGAGAUUGACCAUUUUCAUGGCCCAGUGCAUGUUGUGGCCGUCAGUCCCAACGGACAGAGUGUUGCAGCUGGUGGAGAAGAGAGCCUUGUGGCGUUGUUCAGAAUGGAGGAUGCAGAUUUUGAACGGAACGUCACUCGUUGCUCCCUUCCAAUCCGGGAUCUGGCUUUCAGCCAGGACAGUUCAUUCCUUGCUAUCGCUUCUGAUGACUCUGAGAUCAAAAUCGUCAACGUCAACAAUGUUGAAGAAUUCAAGACUUUGCAGGGGCAUGAAGGUGGUGUCAAGUCUGUGAGCUUUGAUCCAAAGAACGAAUUCUUGCUCUCCACUGGAUCCGAUCGCAGCCUCCGUAUCUGGGAUGUUGAGUCUGGAACAGAGAAGCACAAAAUCAGCCAAGUCCUGGAAAAGGAUGCUGCAUCUUCCAUCAAGGAUGGUGUCCCUGCCAACCUGUGCAGAGUAGCAUGGUCCCCCGAUGGAUCAAUCUUUGCAGUUGCAGGUUCUCGCGACAUCAAGAUCUUUGAGCGGGAAGACUGGAAAGAGGCAGAAUCGUGCGUUGGUGGACAUUUGCAAAAUGUCACCGAUCUUGCAUUCAGCUCCAACGGGCUUUAUUUGCUGUCUGUCGAUACCUCCGGUGUCAUUGUGAUAUGGGAUAUCAGCUCAAGAGAGUCCAUCAAGAGGUACGAGAACUCAUCAAAGAUUCUGUCUGCAAGAUGGGACCCUUUUUCGAACAGUAUUGCUUUGAUAUCUGUUGAAGGAACAUACGGACUCGUUGAUGGUGUUAUUCCAAGCGACAAAAUUGGUCCAAAUGACAGAGUAGAUAGUGACCAAGCAGAUGUCGAUUCAGUUGGUGAUUUAGAUGAAGAUGCGCUGGACUUGGAUCAAGCAGACCCAUCUGCAUAUAAACAAUCCAACGUGCAGUCAGUGUCUAUAAGUCGCCCGAUUCCUCAAGCUUCCUUUCAGCCUCAGUCGACGCCAGUUGAAUUGAAGAGAAGAUUUCUCACCUACACCACUGUUGGGCAUAUCACAAGUCGCAACGAAUCGACAUACAACGCUAUCGAAAUCGAAUUUGCAGAUAUCAACACUCAUCGUCCAAUCAGGUUCAACGAUUUCACAGGAUUCACGAUGGCCGCAAUGGACGCUUCAGGGGCUGUAUUUGCAAGUCCUCAGGUCAGAGAAAGGAAUGGAGAUCUGAAUUUGAGCACUUUAUCAUAUCGCCCCUUCGAUUCGUGGGCAUCCCAGUCAGAUUGGACAACAACCAUGCCUGAGAAUGAGGAGAUUAUGGCCGUCGCAACGAGCGAAUCUUGGGUAGCUGCUGCCACUUCAAAACGGAUUUUGCGAAUCUUCAGCACUAGUUGUGUCCAGUUGAUGACAGUGAUGUUCCCAGGACCUGCACUCUGUAUGCACGGCUGCAAUGACUUCCUAUGCUUUAUCUAUCAUACACCUUCGUCUCCUUCACUGUCUGGAGAUCAAGAAUUGCAAUUCCUCCUCAUGAAUAUCAGUACGAAGACGACAGUCGCACGCGGACCAGUGUGUUUGUCUCCUGGAUCAAAAUUGGAAUGGUUGCAGGUAACAGAGACAGGCAUGGUAGCGAUAAUGGAUUCAGAAGGCAUGGUAAUGGUGUACAGUCAUGCAGAAUUCUCGGGGCAAUGGAUCCCGAUGUUGGACAUCAAGACUUGCAACAAGCAUCAACGUGACUGGUUCUGGCCUAUUCGGAUCACGGACUCUAAUUUGCUCGGUGUCGUAUGCAAGAUUGAGAAGAGGUACCCAGACGUGCCCCAGCCAGUGCUAGUCAAGUAUGACUUAAAGAUGCCGAUCCUUCCGGGCCAUGACUUGGAGGAACCAUGGUUGAGAGGCAGCAUCUUCGUCAAUUUUCAAGCUUCUCAAUCCGGAGGUGACGACGACGACAUUGAUGUGAUGAAGUUGGAGUUGGACAAGAAGUUGAUUCAACUCAUCAACGCAGCAUGCGAGCAGAUUUCUAGCGAGAAAGCGCUCGAAGCAGCCAUCACGCUUGCAAACCGCCAUAGACUUCCCAACCUUGCUGAGAUCAUGGACGAAUAUCGACAAGUGAGAUUCCAGGAGCUUGAGGUUGAGGAAGAAGAGCCGAUGAUGCUGAUGGAGGAAGCCCCGGUAGAAGAGCAUUCUGAACCUGCUUCGCCGACUAGAGACCAGAUGGACGAGGAACCUGAAGAGGUUCACAAUGAGCCUCGACGGUUUGUUGAUCCGAGCCCAAGCUCGCGCUCCAAAGCAGAGACCCCGACGGGGCGUCCCAUCAAGGACAACAAGUCUAACUUGUCGAAUCUUUUCUCCGUGAAGAACAAGCUGAUCAACAAGUCCGACUCUGCCCCCAAGGGAAACUUCAUGGAAAAGAUCAACGCUAUUAAGAAGAGCAGCUCCACUAGCAAACCCAAGGCAGCUCCAGCUAUGCCCUUCGGUGUCAGUCGCCUUGGCAAGAGCAAGACGGGGAAGUGA